CCUAGGGCUUCGCCUCCCCUUCAUUGUCGUGCGAUCCCCACAACGCCCAACUUCUUGCUCACCCGCCAGCGAGCAUCACCACCAUGCCCGCCCGCAAGAGCGACACCCGUAGGAGCGAGGUCUCGGCAGCCCGGUUCGUGCUAGCCGAGGAAGAGAGCGCCAUGGCAGUGGAACCAGCCGCCCCCGCUCCCGCCCCCGCCACCGAUGUCCGGGAGCCUCCCGCCUCGGCGACCACGCCCGCGCCCGCGUCAGAAAAGAAAGACAAGGAAAAGGAGAGGGAGAGGGAACGAGAGCGGGAAAGGGAACGAGAUGCGAUAACUAUUGAGGACUUGACGCUGCCCAAAUCCAUCAUCACGCGUCUAGCCAAAGGCGUGCUCCCGCCCAACACUCAAAUACAGGCCAAUGCCAUUCUCGCGCUGAACAAGAGCGCAGCAGUAUUCAUCAACCACCUGGCGUCUGCGGCGAACGAGGCGACGUUGUCGUCGAACAAAAAGACAAUCAUGCCGGCCGACGUCUUCAAGGCGCUCGAAGACAUCGAGUACGGCUUCAUGCGCGAGAAGCUAGAAGCCGAGUUUGCGAAAUUCAACGAGGUGCAAACGUCGAAGCGCUCAAGCUAUCGCAAAAAGGUGGCGGCGGCCAAGAAGGGAGUCACGGGCGGCGGCGGCGGGUCGCAUUCGGGGGCCGGAGGCGCGUCAACGCUGAGCACGGGGUCCCACGGCGGCGCAGACGGCAUGGACGACACAGAGACGAGUUUCUUGCUCAGGGACAACCAAAGGGGAGACUCGGGCAGCGGCCAGCCCAGGCAGGCCAAGAAGGCCAAGAUCGACACGAGCGCCGACGCGUCGAGGAUGGACGUCGACGACCAGGAGCCGUCGGACGCCGAGACGGUUCCGGAGGAGCCCGAGGAGGAAGAGGAUGACGAGGAUGAAGACGAGGAGGAGGAGGAGGAAGAGGAGGACGCAGAUGAGGAAGACGACGAGACGGCCGACCCUGGCGAGGCAGAGGAUCGCGAAGGCCCGGAUGAGGACGAGGCUCUCGAUGACGAGGAAGAGGAUAGCGAGUAGAGAGGGGGGGGCCUGGAAAGAAACUCGAGCAUAAAUGUGUUCAAUACCUUACUCUUGUGAGCAAGAAACCAAUUGUCCGGGUUUGCGCAGCGGGUGACGCAGACUCUGUCGUACGACCUCUGUUGGGGCCAUCGCGAAAGCCGGCUUGCUUAUCCACUGUCCAGCG